UGUGUUUCAAGCAUCAAAUGUGCCCUCAGCCUCACUCCUGGUCCAAAUCAGCCUGGUUGUCAUGGCGUCCCUGACCAACUGCCACUCUUAACUGUCACCAAGCAGGCUGCCUGCGACAUUCCAGAAGGGCUCCUCCUGCUGCAAUAGUUAACUACUUCUUUUUUUAACCCAUUCCGCUUGCCAUUUGUGGCAGCUUUAUUUAUUCAUUUAUAAAGCUGGAUUACGUUUUCCCCUGGCUCAUUGAUUCCAUAAGUGCUAAAUAAACAAAUAUUUCUUAGGCAUGCCUAUACUCGCAUACCCGUUUGCAACAUUUUCACAUGCGCUUCACCUGCUUAGGGAUGUGGCAACAUGGCAAGGACUGUGAGUUUCAUGAGGAAAGAAAUCUGGGGAGCUGAGUGGCAGUUCUAAACAAAAACAAAAACACUUUUGGAGUUGCAAAAUUUAGCGUGGACGUUGGUGACACCUACAGGUUCCCUGUUCUUUAUUACUUUUAUUCCUUGAAGAAUCUGAAACUAUUGGAAAUCAGUGUGUGUGUGACAGAGAGACAGAGAGAAAGAGGGACGUCCACCAGGAAGAAAGUGGUUCUGUUGUUCUUAUUUGUGGCCUUUUGCUCCUCAGGCUGCGCCCUGCGCGCCUUUUCCUCACGCGCAGGUGAGCCGAACGAGGACAACCGUCGCCUUGGCCGUGUGAGCGGGGGAAACGCGCGCACACACAAAACUGGUCAUUCCAGCAGAGCCACGCUCGCUCGCCAUCUCUCCCCAAGAGGUCCCCACCUCCCGGGGAGUUUCAUCCUCGGGUUUCUGCAGCUCCUCCCGGUUCCUUAAACCGGGACGGUCUCCUUGCCACACCGCCUGCUGUUCUCUUUCCAUUUCUCUCCGCGCGCGCUCCGAUCUCGGAGCCGCCGAGGCUGCUGCUGCUGCCGGGACCCGGCGGCCUCGAGUCUCCGGAGACGGUGGUGGGUGGGGAAGUCGGUGGCAGGUGCUUCAGGUCCUUCCUGGGCUGCGCGCCAUGAACGAAGAUGGCGUGGACAACCCGGCUUUCGAGCCUUCCAGCCCGGAGGGCGCCGAGCGCAAGCGGGCGGCGCUCUCCCCAGGCCGCCUCGGCCAUCCGGCGUUGGGCGCGUCGUGCAGUUUGGACCCGGACGAGCACCUCUGCGGCAUCGGCAGGUUCGCGCCCGCCGCGCUGCAGGUCUGCAACAACCCCAAGGGCUACUUGCUCUUCUACAGUCUCCUCUCCAUCUUCCAAGGCAUUGUGGUAAACGGACUGGUCAACGUGAGCAUUUCCACCAUUGAGAAGCGUUAUGAUUUGAACAGCUCCCUCACUGGUAUAAUCUCCUCUGGCUAUGACAUUUCCUUCUGUUUGCUCUGCCUUUUUAUAUCCUUCUACGGAGAAAGAGGGCACAAACCAAGAUGGCUGGCCUUUGCAUCUUUCUUGAUAGCACUAGGAGCACUUGUUUUUUGCUUGCCACAUUUUACUGCUGGACCAUAUAUAUACGGGGAAAAAGUAGAAGAUACCUGUCCAGUAAACCUGGCUGCAAUUAAGAAUGCCACAUGCAAGCCUGGCUUAAAAAAGACUGAACUCUCCCACUACUUUUAUGUUUUCCUGCUGGGACAGCUGAUCAUGGGAGCAGGUGGGACUCCUCUUUACACAUUGGGAACAGCUUUCAUCGACGACAGUGUCCCCAAGCACAAGUCUUCAGUCUACAUAGGAAUUGGUUAUGCCAUGUCAUUGAUGGGUCCAGCUAUCGGUUAUGUAUUAGGAGGACAGCUGCUUAACAUUUAUGUUGAUUUCCAUCGUCAACCGAGACAUGACAUCACUCCAGAAGAUCCACGUUGGGUUGGAGCUUGGUGGGUAGCGUUUGUUGCAUGCAGUUUCUCUACGUGCCUUUUGGUGGCACCGUUUUCAUAUUUCCCAAAGCAAUUGCCAGGUACGCACAAAAUACGAGCCGAAAAGAUUUCUGAAGCACAUCAUGGUGGAGCUGACGUUCAGUCUGAAUAUGGUGGGAGGAGUCUCAGAGACUUUCUGCUGACACUCUGGAUGCUUCUGAGGAACCCAGUGCUGAUGUGUCUUGUACUCGCUGCCUCAAUGGAAGCCUGUGUUGCCACUGGCUUUGCAACUUUCUUGCCCAAAUUUAUAGAAAACCAGUUUGGAUAUACAUCUAGCUAUUCAGCCACCUUAGGGGGACUUGUACUGGUUCCAGGAGCAGCAAUAGGUCAAAUCAUAAGUGGUAUCUUAGUUUCCAAGCUCAAACUAAAUUGCAAAAGCAUACUCAAGUUCAUCGUCCUUACUUGUUCAGUGGCGCUUGGAUUCAAUAUGGUCUUUUUAAUUGCUAUAUGUGGGAAUACGCCAUUUGCGGGUGUCUCAGAAGAUUAUAACGGGACAGGCACAUUAUCAAACUUAACUGCGCCUUGCAACUCCCACUGUAGAUGCUUGCGUUCAAACUAUUUACCAGUCUGUGGCACAGAUGGAGUCCAGUAUUUUUCUGCAUGUUAUGCAGGAUGUACCUCUGCUGUUACUAUUCAAGAUGGUUCAAAGGUCUUCACCAACUGUGACUGUGUUGUGAAUCCCAAAUCUACCAUUGAGAAUAUCAUCUAUGGGGCUACCCCUGGGAAAUGUGCAUCAAACUGUUCAUCCCUGGCUCUGUUCCUUGGCUUCUUCUUCUUCACUAUUGUUUUUACGUUCAUGGCAGUGACACCAACAACAGUGGCCAUUCUAAGGUGUGUACCAGAAAGGCACCGAUCAUUUGCUAUGGGGGUUCACAUGCUCUUUCUACGAAUUUUGGGCAGCAUACCUGGGCCAAUCCUCUUUGGUGUUUCAAUAGACAGUACCUGUACACUUUGGGAUAUAGAUAAGUGUGGACGUAAAGGAUCAUGUUGGACCUAUAACAACCACAGAAUGGCCUAUAUGCUAGUGGGCAUAAGUGUCAUCGCCAAAGUCAUCUCCAUCGUUUUUACUGUUACAGCAGUUUUCAUAUAUAACCCUCCACCAGAGCAACUGGAGUCUUCAGAGAAGAAAGAAGAAGCAGUGACUUCUGUACAACUUUAACACAGCAAACCCCUAAAUUUUUCAUAGAAACUCUCACGCAAAAACUAAGACUGAAGCGAUGGCUUUCUAAGAAUGUGUCAUAGCAGCUGGCUCUGCUAAAUAUGAAUCAUGCCAGCACUGGAGCACAUCUUGAGCAACUGUUUCAAGUUUUUUUUUUAAAAAAAUAAAAAAUAAAA